AUGGCCUCAGAAACAGCUAAAACCAUGAGGGAGGAAGCCACCUGCUCCAUCUGCCUGGACCUGAUGACUGAGCCAGUGAUGAUAGACUGUGGGCACAUCUACUGCCGUUCUUGCAUAUUUGAAAAUCUUGAGAACCAGAAAAAGAAGUCACCUACUCUGGGAAACUUCCAAUGUCCUCUAUGUAGGACGCAGUUUCAAAAGGAGAGCAUCCGGCCCAGUAAGCAGCUAGAAAAUAUCAUUGACACCAUUAAGAAGAUGGAGCAGGAGCAUCGGUGUGAAAAACACAAAGAGAAGCUCAGCCUGUUCUGUAAAGAUGAUGGUCAGCUUAUCUGCUGGUGUUGUGAGAGGACACCAGAGCACCAAGGGCACACCACGGUCGUUGCUGAAGCUGCCUGUCAAGAUUACAAGGUAAUCUUCCAGGAAAAGUUGACAUACCUUAGGGAACAAGAAGACCAAAAUUAUGAAUACCAAGAAAACAUAAGAGAGCAAAUAAAAGAAUUUCAGUCUGAAAUUCUGAGUAAAGAAGAGUGCAUCAAGUAUAAGUUUAAGGUUUUUCAUAUGAUCCUGCACAUGGAGGAGGAAUCUUAUCUAUGGAGACUGGAGAAUGAAAAAGACAAAGUUCUCAAGAGACUGAAGGACAGUGAAGCAAAGCUGGAGGAGCAAAGCCAGGAACUCAACAAACACAUCCAGGAACUGGAGAGGAAAUGUCAGGGCUCAGCCCAGGAGUUACUGCAGGAUGCAAGAGACACUUUGAACAGGAUUUCUGAUAUGAAGUUAAAUGCACCAGAGGACGUCUCAUUGAAUAUUCACGCUAUGCCUGAUUUUGACAGCAUUUUCUGUGAAUUGAUAAAAUUGUUUGAGACUGAUCAUGUUAACGUUACUGUAGAUCCAGAUACCGCUCACGUUAACCUAACUGUGCGGAACAAUGGAAUCAUGGUGACUGGUGCAAAUCUCAUACUGGACGACACUGACGACACUCCUGCUAGGUUUAAGGACUUACCCUGCAUCCUGGGAUGUGCAGAAAAUCCCAAUAGAAAGGCGCACCCACUGGAGCUCUACCUGACAAUGUGA